AUUCUCACGCGGCUCCCGAGCCGGCAUCGGUGGACCUUCUAGUGCACAAAGAAGCCCAACCCGGCCUCCAUGAUAAGCCCACCAGGCCACCGCCGUCGCCAGUCGCUACUUCCCCAGUUCCCCUCCGAUCCUCGUCGCCGACGCAUCCACCCGAACCCUCCUCCGCGACCUCGCCGUCGCCGCAGCCUUGGCCAUGUCGAUCUUCGAGUAUAAUGGGUCCGCCGUGGUGGCGAUGGUGGGGAAGAACUGUUUCGCGAUCGCCAGCGACCGGCGGCUGGGCGUGCAGCUUCAGACCAUCGCGACGGACUUCCAGCGGGUGUUCAAGGUCCACGACAAGCUUUACAUCGGCCUCUCUGGGCUCGCCACUGACGCCCAGACGCUGUACCAGCGGUUGGUGUUCAGGCACAAGCUGUAUCAGCUGCGGGAGGAGAGGGACAUGAAGCCCGAGACCUUUGCCAGCCUUGUCUCUGCGCUCCUCUACGAGAAGAGGGAGCUGGCCAAGGAUUUUGUUGUAUCUGGGACAGCAUCAGAAUCUUUGUAUGGUGCUUGUGAGUCCAUGUACAAGCCGAACAUGGAACCUGAUGAACUCUUCGAAACUGUAUCCCAAGCUCUGAAUUCAUCAAUAGACCGUGACUGCCUUAGUGGGUGGGGUGGCUAUGUUCUGAUUGUGACACCGACUGAAGUGAGGGAGCAUGUGAUUAAGAGCAGGAUGGACUAAAUCAUGGCCACUAUCACUAUAAUUCUUAGCUGGUUUCCAAUGCUUAGACCAAUGUUGUGUUUGGAUUCUGAAGUAACAUUGUAUCAUCACAGCUGGUAUGAGAAUGAACGGUUGUUUUAUUUACCCCUAUCUUGCAAGACUUAUGCCUGGAUUCCAGCUGAAUUGUGGAAUACUGAAUUGAUAAUAGCCUAGAUCUGUUGUUCUCUUACAGAAACGUGAAUGAGGUUAACA